CAAGAGCAUUUGUGUGUCAGCAGAGAAAAUCAACUUGAGGAGCAGGAUUAAAAAAAAAAAAUAGAGUGUUCUAAAGAAAUAUUACUGGAGAGGAACAGCAGGCCUCCUUGCCAGAAGCCUGUAGGCUAGCUGCCUGCCUACAAUAGUCUUUUGUGUUCUUAUUUUUCUCCUGUCUGAAAACAGGGCAUGUUAAUUUUCUAUUGAAAGUGUCUGUGCUUGUCCUUUGCAAGCCAUGUGGCUCUACCUGGUGGCACUAGUGGGCUUCUGGACUCUCCUGCGCUUGUUCAGGGAGAGGCAGGCGGUGACAAACAUGAAGCUGCUGAUUGUUGCUUCUCAGGCAGUGAGUCGAGCCGUCAAGAAUCAAAAGAAAAGGAAGUACCAUGCUGCCAUCCCAGCCCACUUAUACCACACUGCUAAUUUGUUGUGUGGCUCUCUGUUCUUCUCACUGUCUCUAGGACUCUGGGGCCUGGUCAAUAAUGCUGGCAUCUCUGUCUUUGCUAUCAAUGAGUGGCAGAACAAACAGGACUUUGUAAAGGUUCUGGACGUGAACCUGUUGGGCCUGAUCGACGUGACUCUGAACAUGCUGCCCUUGGUGAGGAAGGCAAGGGGCCGCGUGGUCAACGUCGCCAGUGUCAUGGGCCGAGUGUCUCUCUUUGGUGGUGGCUACUGCAUUUCCAAGUAUGGUGUAGAGGCCUUCUCGGACUCCCUCAGGAGGGAGCUCUCCUAUUUUGGGGUGAAGGUGGCUAUCAUUGAGCCUGGGGGCUUCAAGACCAAUAUUUCCAAUAGUGAGAGGGUAUCACACAUCAUGAAGAAGCUGUGGGACCAGAGCAGCUCAGAGGUCAAGGAGAUCUACGGGGAGAAAUUCCUGGACUCCUAUCUGAGAGCAUCAAAAUUAUUGAUGAACACAUGCUCAGAGGACCUGUCUAUGGUGACGGAUUGCAUGGAGCAUGCGCUGACUUCCUGUCACCCUCGCACCCGGUACUCAGCCGGCUGGGAUGCCAAGCUCUUCUACCUCCCCAUGAGCUACCUGCCCACCUUUCUAUUAGAUGCCAUAUACUACUGGGGCUCUGGAAAGCCUGCCCAGGCCCUAUGAAGUCUGUACUUGUUUGCAGAAUCGGGGAAGUCAGGUGGAUGGAGGGCACAUUGUUCGCUAUACUUAUUAAAAUAAUUCUGCUUUCAUACUACUCAAGAUCAGUGAAGUCCAGAGGAAACAGCCAAAGAAUUCACCAAGGGAAAGGGAUACAAAGGUGUUGGCAAUAUCCUGUUAUGUUAGGCAGCUUCCCAAGGCUUUGAGCUCCACGGCCUGUUGUGAGGAUCCAUAAGAAUGUGCUUUACCUCCGGCCCCUAUGCAUGGACCUGGCUAUUCACACUAUCAUGUAAGAUUGAAAGAACCCACUUUGAAAUCACCUUUGUCCAUGUUGUCAGGUGGGAGGGGCUGUGUCAGCUGUGCUGGGGAGGUUAUUGCUGGUGGUAUAGAAUCUGGCAAAGAUGAAAAAACCAAUUUUGAUUUAUCUUGGAGCCAUGACUUUCUUUGGAUUCUUUUCUUUAGAAUAAAGUUGAAAAGAUUA